AUGGCCUCCUUCUUCCAAGUUCCAACCCAGCGGCGCCGGCGGACUCCUUCUUCCAACCCAGCGGCGCCGGCGGACUCCUUCUUCCACAACCCAGCGACGCCGGCGACGCCUACUUCCUUCUCCCACAACCCAGCAACGGCGACCUCCUUCUCCCAUAAACCGAGCGGCGCCGCCUACUCCAAGCUACUCGCCUACUCCAAGCCAUCAGCUAUUCAGCCUCAUCGUGAUCUGCAGGCUGAUCGAAGGAGGUUGAAAGAAGUGGUUAGCAAUGAGAAGCAUGAAAUAGUAGCGGUAGAGGCGAAGGAGCAUAACAACAAGUUGGAUAAUUUGGAGGUUCCGUCCAAAGAAACCCAUUUGCCGGACGCCGACGAACUCACCGGAAUGGACUAUGCGGCGGCGAGCAAGAAGCCUCCUACUCACAACUGACUGGCCGCCGGCCGGAGGAACCAAUUUUUUUGUAGAUCAGCAUAUACCAUAUAGUGAAUAGAUUAAGAUCUUUGAAGUUGAGAUUAGAGGUAUUUAUGUAGCUAUAGAUUGGACACAUGGGAUACUAUAUAUCUAGUUAGUGUAGAUAGAUUAUGAAAAUGGGGAUUGGGAAGGAUUAGGUUUGUUAGUCACUUUUUUGUUUCUUCUUCUACCCAUAUGUAAAUAUAUGGCUGAGGAACAUGCCCAUUGCUUGAAAUGAAAAGG